AUGGGUACCGAGGUGGCCCCUUCGGUAGCCUCGGUGAUUCUGGCUUUGAUUUUGGUAGGAUUUAUCGUGGUAGUAUGGUAUUCAGGAUAUGUGAGCAAGGCUGAAAUCAUUAAGCCCACUGGAAACCUCGUAUCGGCAUUCAAUAGUCAAAGAUGGUGGUCACUUGCCUGCUCUUUCUUUGCAGCGGCAUUUGGGGCAUCGGCGUUAGUUGCGAAUCCGGAGGCAGGUGCGACAGGAGGAUGGCUGCAAGUAUUUUGUUAUGGCAUUGCUAACGGCAUGCCGUAUUUCCUGCUGUCAACGCUGGGUCCAAGAAUGCAGUCUUUCUUCAAAACUCAGAACUUCACUGUUGCGGAUUUUGUGAGGAAGCGCUAUGGAAUGCCGAUGUAUGUGCCGACCGUUAUACUCUCUCUCUUCUUCCUUUUCAUCUGGCUCACAGCCGAGCUGACAUCAAUCGCCGAUAGCUUUAGUUUGUUGUCCCCUGGAUUCUAUACGCCUGCCGCUGUCGUCUGUGUCGGUUUCGGAGUUGCGAUGUACGCGUUGUUUGCGGGAUUCAAAGGUAGUUUGUUGACAGAUAGGAUUCAAGCUGUAAUGGCUUUGCUGUGUACCUUUGCUCUGAUAACAGCGGUGGCGUGUUACGUGAAGCCAUCAAAGCAGGCCUGGUCCGAGGCGUCGUCAGCAACCUCCGUUGGUGAGGGCAUCAGUGGGGGUAUAGUUCUCAUAUUGUCUACAACAUUGAACCAGUUCUUAGAUUUAGGUAGUUGGCAACGAGUCUUUGCAUCUGAGGACAAGAAGCAGGCUCGUAUUGGGUUGUUUGUAGCAGGUUCAGUGAAUUUCCUCUGUCAGGCCCUCAUGACCUUUAUGGGGAUUUAUGCCAUGGCUGCGGCAGUGGCAGGAGAGAUUGCGCUGAUGCCCGGUGACGAAGCGCUGGGUUUCUAUAUAUUGCUGAGCAAGAUACCUUUAGGUUUUAAUGUGAUUGCGCUGGUCUGUGUGCUGACCCUCUCGAUCUCGACGGUGGACUCAAUUGAGAACUCGCUGGCCUCUGCUUUCGCCGAGUUGAUGCUUGAGAAGAACGUCAGCCUCAACUGGGCCCGGGGGUUCGCGCUCUUACUCGUUGGACUGGCUGUUGGACUGGCAACGACGCAGCAAUCCGUUCUAUCGUUGUUUCUUUUCAGCAAUAUCUUCGCGAGUUGUAUAGUACCACCGAUAUUCCUGGGCUUGUCAUACACCAUGGCAACCACCACCAGUGCUCUCGGUGGCUUCAUCAGCGGCGUCUUGACAAUAUUUAUCAUUGGAUGGAGCUACCAAAAGUCGUUUGUUGAGGGCUUGAAGUGGCCAAUGUUCCCCGAGGGUUUCAACCACUGGGCGACUCUCCUUACAUUUAUCCUGUGUCCAGUUGUGGCCACCCUAGUCACAAUUAGUGUGGCAAAGGCUUGGCCUUCGCAGGAUACUCAUUCUUUACACUCCACCCUGACUGGACCGGAGGUAGCCUGGACCGCAGACAGUGAAACCGAAAUGGAAUCACCAUACGGAAACACCAUAUAG